GUCCAGACUGUUCUCUGAACGUCCCUUCCACGGAGUCUUACUGGAUUCUACCAAACGUAAAGCCCUUCAGCCCUUCUGUGGGCCGGGCUUCCCAUAAGGCAGUCCUACAUGGGAAAUUUAUGUGGGUGAUUGGUGGCUACGCUUUUAACUACAGUUCAUUCCAAAUGGUAUUGAACUACAAUUUGGAAAGCAGUAUAUGGAACGUAGUACCUGUAUCCAAAGGGCCACUCCAGAGAUAUGGACACACUCUUGCUUUAUAUCAGGAAGACAUCUACAUGUAUGGAGGUAAAAUUGAAACAAAUAAUGGCAAUGUUACUGAUGAGCUGUGGAUUUUCAACAUACACAGUCAAACAUGGAGUACCAGAACUCCUGCAGUACUUGUACAUGGGCAACAAUAUGCUGUGGAGGGCCAUUCAGCACACAUAGUAGAGCUGGACAGCAGAGAUGUGGUUAUGAUUAUAAUUUUUGGAUAUUCUGCCAUAUAUGGUUAUACAAGCAUAGUGCAAGAAUACUACAUCAGGUCUAAUUCUUGGCUUGUACCAGAAACAAAAGGAGCAAUUGUGCAAGGUGGAUAUGGCCAUACUAGUGUCUAUGAUGAACUGACAAAAUCUAUUUAUGUCCAUGGUGGAUACAAAGCAUUACCUGGCAAUAAAUAUGGAUUGGUAGAUGAUCUUUACAGAUAUGAAGUUAAUACUCGGACAUGGACUAUUUUGAAAGAGAGUGGUUUGGCAAGAUAUCUUCAUUCAGCUGUCUUAAUCAAUGGAGCUAUGCUCAUUUUUGGUGGAAACACUCAUAAUGAUACUUCCCUCAGUAAUGGUGCAAAAUGUUUUUCUGCUGACUUUCUUGCGUAUGAUAUAGCUUGUGAUGAAUGGAAGAUUUUACCAAAACCUAAUCUGCAUCGAGAUGUCAACAGAUUUGGUCACACUGCUGUUGUCAGUAAUGG